GGAAAUGAAAUGCGAACAGGGUUUAUAAAAGAUGAGGUGGUUCAUCGAGUGAUGGGUUAAAAUAUUUUCAGAGAGCUAUUUGUGGCCUGCCGCUUUGCACGCCAGAUACAGACAGAACAGCAUGGAGACGCUUCUUUUUCUAUUUCCUCAAUUCAACUACAUGGCCCCGAAGGAGGAAGCAUAUUUCAAAAUGCUUGGUCCAGAAGACUUGCAGGCACCAAAGAUGAAGGACGAUAGUAGCAGACAGAAAGACAAGGAGAGGAAGAGCCGACUAAGCCUUUUUCUCACCAAGUCAGGCUCUCAUGAAAACGUCAGUCCCCAUAAAAAGACAAAUACGACACCAAGCAACAUCUCACCAGAGGCAGCUUUGCAAUGGAGCGACUCCUUUGAAGAACUGCUAAAGCACUCAGAUGGGGUGGAAACCUUCUCUCAGUUCCUCAGGACAGAGUUCAGUGAGGAAAACAUUGAGUUCUGGUUGGCCUGUGAAGAAUACAAGACCAUUGAUUCUGAGACAAAGCUACUGUCCAAAGCCAAAUAUAUUUAUACAGUUUUUAUUGAAUCGGAAGCCCCUAAAGAGGUCAACAUUGACUACAACACCAAGAUGGCCAUCCAGAAGAGCAUAGCCCAGCCCACAAAGAGCUGUUUUGAAGCAGCCCAGAUGAAAGUCUACAGCCUGAUGAAAAAGGACUCCUACCCCAGGUUCCUCCACUCUGACAUUUAUCUGCGUAUCACCAGAAGGAAAGGCCCGGGGGCCACCAUGUUUCGCAGAAGGUCACGCUCCUGUGUGUUCAACGAGAGAGGCGAGGCAACUGAACCUUCGGCCUGGUAACGCAUUGAAACAUUGCAGGCGUAGCAGCUCACUCUGUGAAACUGAUAAUUAUAUUUGAGAUAAUCCUUGAUUUGCAACACAGUUGUUGAAACGUAAUAUGUGUUGCAGAGGCUUAUUAUCCACAGGUUUGCUUCUUUUAUAACCACAAAGGUCACUGGAUUAUUUUACUUACAUAGUACUGUUGUAGCUUGCCAGUGAGAAAAAUGCAAAAGUAUAGUUCAACAUUUUGGGAAAUAUUUAUUAGCAUUCUUGCUGAGAGGUAUGUGAGAAGAUUGAUAUAACUAUGUAUAUGUAUGUAUGGUAAAUAUGAAGCUAUAUUAGCUUAGCUUAGCAUAAAGACUGGAAGCAGAGGGAUGAACUCCAAUGGGUACAAAAUCCACCUACCAGCACUCACUAAUAGCCAUGUUACUGUAUGUCUUUUUAGAGUAAAAAUGUCACAAUGAGGUGUUACAGGGGUUAUGUGUUGGACUGUUUCUUGGCACAGUAAUAUCCUCAAGUGUGUGCUGGAUUCCAGACAACCUCACAGUACACACAAGGAAGUUUAGCUAGCGGUUUCCCCCUUGUUUCCAGUCAUUAUGCUAAGCUAACCGGCUGCUGGCAGUUCCUUUAUAUCUACCGUACAGACAUGAGAGGCAAGAAAGUGAAUAAGCACAUAAGAUUUUGAACUAUUCCUUUAAGUACGAUACUACACAGUUGGAUAACAGCUGACAUCAUUAGCCUUUAAGCUAUAAGAAUAAAUUUAAAAAAGGUUAUGAAGCCACUGUGCCAGAGCCAUGUGGUUACCUGAAAAUAAUGGACACCUUCCAGCCAAUCAGAAUUGAGUAUUCUCUGUGGCCAUGUAAUAAAACCAGAUCAUUCUUCAGCACUGGGGGAACAAUUUAUCCAUUCUCUUUCUAAGAGACACUGCACUGCUUGUGGAUCAAACCUUUAUUGAUGGUUUAUAUAUUUUCUCAAAUCUUGCUAAACUGGAAUGACAAUGGGAUGGUUGGGGACAGACUCUCAGCUGAAGUGCCUCCCUGCUACUGACAGUAUUCAACCAGCCAUACAGGCAGCCACACUGAAGCCUCUCUCCUGACUUUAGAAACAUUAUGCUUCAAUUAUUUUGUCUUCCAAUACAGCAAUAGCACCUUAUACAACAUUAACACAGUUGAUGGCAUAGAAGCUAAUUUGACCAUAUCUCAUUAAAACGGAUUCAUGAUUUUAUCCCUCGCACUGUCCAACCCCCCCACACCAGACUAACUUGUGGUGAAAGCCUGCAGCCUAGGUGACUGCAUAGCACUGAAACUUUUUAACGAGGGAUAUACAUCUCUCAUUUCUGUUAUUGAUUAAAACAUAUCCCAUUUUCACACACAGAAAAUGCAUGUGUCUUAUUUGAAUACUAAUAUUAUAUCAUUAUAUUAAUUAUGAUUGCUGUUUUUCAGUUUGCUACCAUCUAAUAUAAUUUAAGUAUUACUAUGAUCAUAUGUGUUGCCUUGCUUUUGUAAAAUGUAUAUACUAUAAUAUGUGUUGAGUAACUCAAAUAAACUCUUUAUUCUAAAAA